AUGCCUAAGAAGUUUAAUUACUAUAAGUGGAUAUUGGGACUCUUGUUCUCAACAAAUGAGGAGUUCAAGGAAGCUAUUGCAAGUUAUGUUGUUCAUAAUGGUAGGGAUUUAAGGUAUCUAAAAAAUGACAAGACUAGGGUUAGAGUUGGAUGCAAGGAAUGGUGUGGAUGGGUGGCCUUAUGUUCCAAAUUGCCUAAUGCGAAUACAUGGAAUUUGAGAACAUUGAAUGACAAUCACACUUGUAAUAAAGAGUUCAAUGUUAGGAUGUUUAAUUCUAAUUGGCCCGGGAAGAAAUUAUACACAAAAGUUAGAAUCAACCCUAAUGUGAAACUAACUGCUAUGUGUGAAAAAGUGCAUGAGAAAUGGAAUGUUGGUAUGAAUAGAAUGAAAGCUUACAGGGCACAAAAGACAACAUUGAGUAUUGUUGAAGGGUCAUUUAAUAAGAAAUAUCAUAGAUUUUAUGACUAUGCACAUGAGUUAUUAAGGUCAAAUCUAAACAACACCAUCAAGUUAAAUGUCGAAGCAAAUGAACAACAACCAACUGAACUUGAACAACAGCCUAAAGAAUAUAGGAGUUUUUCAUUUUGCAGACCAAUCAUUGGAGUUGAUGGAUGUUUUCUCAAAGGCAAUUAUGGAGGUCAGAUCCUUGCAGUAGUAGAAAGAGACCCUAAUUAUCAAAUGUUGCCCAUUGCCUUGGUUGUAGUUGAAGCAGAGACUAAAGACACUUGGGCAUGUUUCUUUGAUAUACUAGUUCGUGACUUGGGAGGGCCAGAAGUUUACAAAUAUAUUACUUUCAUUUCAGAUCAGCAGAAGAGGUUGUCACCUGCAAUAGAUGAGUUGUUACCUAGAGUUGACAAGAGAUUUUAUGUUAGACACCUGUAUAGAAACUUCACAAAAAGGUUUCCAGGAAAGCAUUUGAAGGAAUUAAUAUGGAGGGAAGCCAAGGAGACUUAUCCUCAAGCAUGGGAAAGGGAAAGGAAGGAAAUGAGGAAGAUUAAUAAUGUUAUAAUUGGACCAAGGCAAAAUCCAAUAGUAAAAAUGUUAGAGGAAACUUAUGGGAACUGA